GGGUGUGGGCGCAGGCCAAGCCGAGCCCCGCAGCCCCUGCCCGGGAAGGAUGCUCAGCACCACGCUCCCUCUUAUCUUUUCCUCCUGCACCCCAAAUGCCCCAAACCACCCGUGACCCCGGCGCUGCCACGGCUCCGCUCAGCCCCAGGGUGGUGCGUCCAUCGCAGGGUGAUGUGUCCCCCCCACAGCAGCCCCCCAGGCUUUGUGUCCAGCCUGGUGCCAGCUGGCCCUGCCGCGGGAUUAGGCGCGAGCACGCGAGGAAAACGCUGAGCAUCUUUCCGGAUCAAACACCCCCAGGGCAGCAGGGAGGGGGUGUAAUUCACCCCCUCCUCCCCGAGUGAGGCCGGCUGGGGGCUGCCCAGCGCCGGAGCCAGGGUGAGCGUGCGGCCACCAUUUAUUGGCAGCAGGAGGGAGGCGAUCGGGGGAGUCAGUCAGGUGUGGACGAGGUAUGAGAGGAGGCAGGGAUGGAGCCGCGCUGGUGACAGCCGGUGCUGCCGAGCGCUCGCACGCAUCCCUCCUCCCGCCGAGAUGCAGCAGGGCCGGCCAUCCCUCUGCUGCAUCUCCACCAUCCGCAGCUCGCAGGGACCACCCGAGCCAGCCACCGCCGCUCACUUCAGCUUCUGCCGCAGCCUCCUGGAGCACACGGUCUCGGCCGAAAACCUCAGCUACCGCCUGCAGAGGAACCCGGGCAGCAGCCUCACCUGGCACGACGGCCGGAGCCAGCGGCCCGACGGCGGCCGCACCGUCAAGCUCCUGCGGCAACCGGGCACCGAGGGCUCGCAGGGCCGUGCCUGUGACCACUAUGGCAUCUACCACACCAGCCCCACGCUGGGCAGCCUGGCCAAGCCGGUGGUGCUCUGGACCCAGCAGGAUGUGUGCAAAUGGCUGAAGAAACACUGCCCACAUAAUUAUCUCAUCUACGUGGAGGCGUUCUCCCACCACGCCAUCACAGGUCGGGCGCUGCUGCGGCUGAACGGGGAGAAGCUGCAGCGCAUGGGCAUCGCUCCCGAGGCGCAGCGGCAGGAGGUCCUGCAGCAGGUCCUGCAGCUCCAGGUGCGCGAGGAGGUCCGAAACCUGCAGCUUCUCAGCCAAGGUAGGGCCGGCGAGAGGCUGAGCGGGGAGAGAAGCCACAAAGCCCCAACCCUGGGGGGGGUUUUGCCCUUCCUGCAGCUGGCCGGGUGAGCAGAGCGGUGGCUGAGGGGCUGCCAAAGCCAGAGGCACCCCCCUGCACGUCAC